CUAUCACGUGAUCAUCUUCUUUCUUCCUUUUUUCUUGUCAUCUGUUACACAUCGGUUAGGGUUUUAGUUUCUCUUACCGAGAUUCAAAUGGCGCUUAGAGGAGUUUGGCAGCUCAAGAAACUCGUUGUGAGCUACUGUAAUUGGGGUGGUAGCAGUAGAGGCAUCAGAGCCUUUAUGGAAUCAGAAUUGCCUGCUCUAAAGGAGAAAAACCCGCAGCUCGAAGUAAUUACCGAGCUUUCACGGGGACAACAUCCUUAUUUGAAGGGCAUUUACAGUAUGUAUAUUUCUCCUCUAUUGAAUACAAUCCUGAUUCAACGGUUGUUGAUAUUAGCAAUUUCACUUGCACAAUUCAUAGGGAAUAGAAAUGAAAGGGUAGUGUGUGUGAAGAACAUGGAUCCUGAAGAAGUGCUUUUGAAUGCAACGAGGCUGAGGAACUCGCUUGGACGGAAAGUGGUUAAACUGAGGACCAGACAUGUCACCAAACACCCCAGUGUUCAAGGCACCUGGACAACUGCUGUCAAAUUCUGAGACUUUCCUGCUAAAUUGUUUGCAGGUUUUCAUCUUCUAGCUGUUAAAUCGAAUGUUGCAAGUAUCAGGAUUGGUCGUUUAUCUGUAUUGCAACCCCAAGUUGUUUGUACCGUCUGUGACUUGGGACAAAGAUGUAGUCUUCAAAUGUUUUGCAGUUUUUGCAAUGUUUGAAUUUUGUCUUGUCCUUCUGGUUGAGUCUAUAAUAAGAUUACACAAGGGUU